AUGUCCGUUGUACUUACAGAUAACAAUAAUUUAAAGCUUACACGUGAAAGAUUUGAAAAGGAAGCUCAAUCAAACAGAUAUAAUUCUAGUGACAGAAAUAUAUCUGAAAUUUUUGAGUGUGUCAGUAAAUUCUUAACGAAACAAGAUAUAACAACCUCUGCAUGUUUCAAUAAAACAAAUCUACAAAACGUCUCUUACACUUUCCAGGCUUCUCCAUUGACUAAUGAUACGCAAGGAAAAAAUAAUUUGUACUGUUACCCUGAGAAAAGUUCUUUAAUAAUUUCUCAGAACAGUAGCAACAGAAGAGUACAUAGAUAUUUGUGGAAAGCUGAAGAUAAUGAAGUUGCAAUUCCCGUUGCAAUCAAAUUUGUUGCUGAUCAAAACAACAGGGAUGGAAGGAGUGUAAAACGUGAAGUAGAGUGUCACAUGUUUACGCAAAUGAAGCUAGCAUAUCUGUUCCAAGAAGGGUUGAAACCAAAAACAAUUAUGGAUGCAUGGCCUUCAAGCGAACUAAUCGCAUACCAUAUUGAUAAUCAUAAACCUGGAAACAGUAUUUUGAUGACACGAAAAUUGAGUGGGCCUGAUUUUUUCGAUCUUAUUAGAUGUGAGCACAAUCAUAACUACAACAAUCAUAAUCUUUCUGGGCAUUGUCAUCAGCAAGUCAACCACAACCACCUGAUCAAAAGCAAUAACAAAAAAAUUGUCAAGAAAGCUAAACCAAAAUCUGGCAUCAAUAUUUUCAGUGAUAUCAAACCAUUAUCAUGUUUAAAAUCAUCUUCCUCAUCAUUAAAAUAUACUGAUUGUGAAUAUUAUCCACCAUACUAUAACUAUUACAAAUUAAGAUGGGCUGCAAUCACUUUAAAAAGAUUGAUGCAGUUUCAUUCUAUAAAUAUUAGACAUAAUGAUUUAAAGCCUGAUAAUAUUGUCUGUGAUUUUCAUCAUGACGAUAACGACAACACUGUAAUAGAUGUUAAAUUGAUUGAUUUAGGAACGGCGAGCUUUGGUUUUACAACAGAUUUUACAGGAGGAACAGCUUGGUACGAGUCGCCGGAACAAAAGCUUAUUGAAUUUUUCGGGAAAAAAAGAAAAGAUAUGCACUCAUCAAAACGAGUUAAUAUUGGUUUAAGUUCCGAUAUCUGGGGCGCAGGAAUAUCUCUUACCGAAGUUUUACUUGGUAAACGAAUCGUUGACGCUUCAAAAACUAGAAAAAAUAUUUACCCACUAGAAUACCUAGGGUGUGAAUUAAACACUAUAAAGCCCUAUAAUUUUUCUUUGAGAUCUCAAAUUCUAGGAAAGCACACAAUGAACGAAGAUUAUUAUUACAAUGGUGGAGAUUUAGAUAGCUAUCCUUAUUGGUUACAAUCUCCUGAAAAUUGGGUAUUAUCAUCUAAACAAAUUUUAUUCGAUAUAAAUAACAAAAAAGCGUCAUUAGCGGAGAUUGCCGCAGAAUGGCUAUUUAACAGUUUAGUUAUUCCUAAAGCUAGUUCACGUGUUAAGAUAGACGUUGCAAUGAAUGUCAUCGAACAAUUUGCAGAGGAGCAAUAUAACAGGAUUCGUUAUAGCUACACCUCUUUUGACGGUUCGUUAAAUUCUUAUUUAAUUCCUCGAAAAUAUAAUCAGAUAUAA